AUGACCAACGUCCUGAUGCUGGUCGACUUCCACGCCCACGUCGUGCCCAACGAGGUGGCCGGCUUCCUGGGCGGCACCUGGGACCCGCGGACGCAGCACAUGACCAUCACCAGCGCCUACCCGCUGAUGUACGCCUCCUGUACGGCGAAAAUUAAAAGUUCUACAACAGCAGACACCGCCGAGCAGGCGAAACUUCGCGCCGAGGCAGUUGGCCGCAUCAAGGCGACGAUGCGCGAGCGGAACACCGUCCUCGUCGGCUGGUACCACUCCCACGUCCGCUCCAGCCCCCACCCGACCAUACUGGACGUCAAGCGGCAGCUGCGCUACCAGAAGGAGUUUCUAGUGUCGCCCAACAGUAGCCCGCAAAAGGGCGGCAAAGGAGGCAGUGGAGGACUUCCGGCGUCGGACUACUCGCCCGUGGUGGGGCUGAUCGUCUCGCCCUAUUACCCGCGCACCGCCCGCCUCGUCUCGCUGAUGCAGAUGUUCUGGGUGGCGCCCAUUUACGUCAGCGCCGUGAAGGACUUUGGCCGGCCGAUGCAGUUUCACUACACGGUGACGAGGGACGCCUUUCUCACGCAGGAUCUCCUGGUGGAGAUGAGAGCCGUGGCCACCCACUACUUCAAGAAGGGCGACUUUGUGCCCUUCCGCGAGAAGUACCGCGACGGCGUCACCUUCUGGGAGAAGCUGCACGAGUCGAUGAAGCCGAAGCUGCCCCGAGAUCUAAUUGA